AAUAAGAAAUUUAAAUUAACAAAUGGCAAACAAUUGAACAAAAAAAAUAAAAAACAAGAAAAAGAAGAUCCAAAUAAUGAAGAAAUAGAUUCUGAUGAAAUUGAUUCACAAUCAGUUUCUGAUUUAAAUUAAAAAAGUAUAUAAGAAGGUACAUUAAAAUAAAAAAUUAAAGUUAUAAAAACUAUUAAAAAAAAAAAAGAUCAAGAAGAAGAAGAAACAGCUGAAAGAAAAAGAUUAAGAUUAGCCUAAUAAAUAUUAAAUAAAGCAAAAAAGUAAAACUAAAAAAAGACUGGCGAUUUUCCAGAUUAAACUGAUGAUUCAUUUGAUGAUGGAGAAGAUAAAUAAAGUGAUAAUGAUUCAUUUGUAGGAGUUCAUAAAGGCGAUAAAACAACAACAGAUGCAAUAACAAAAGCUUUAUAAAAUGAAAUUUUGAAGAAAAGACAAUUAUUUUAUACACAUUAUAUAGAUUAAGUUUAUAAAAAUUGGUAAACUAAUAAUUAAUCAUAUAGUUUCAAUACUUUAAAAGGACAUAAAAGAUGUAUAACUUGUAUUGAAUUUUGUCCUUCUGGUUAAUAUUUAUAUACAGCUUCUAAAGACGCUUCUAUUAUAAAAUGGGAUUUAAAAAAUAAUAAUGAAAAAAUAUUUUUAGUAAGAGAAAAAACUACUGAGAGUCAUAAAGAUGAAAUUUAUUCAAUAUCAAUAAAUCAUCUUAGUAAAUAUUUAAUUUCAGGAAGUAAAGAUAAAACAAUUAAAAUUUGGGAUUUACAAAAAAUGAGUCUCUUGAAGACUUUAACAGGACACCGAUAAGCUGUUAUUGGUGUAAAGUUUGGAAUUAAUUCAAACAUAUUUUGUUCUGUUUCUGCUGAUUUACAAUUUAAAAUGUGGGAUGCUUCCGAAAAAGUAUUUUUAGAUACCUUUUUUGGACAUAAAGGUGAUGUUAAUUAUAUAGACGCAAUUACAGCAGAACAUUUUAUAAGUUCUGGGUUUGACAGAUAAGUUAUUAUAUGGAAAACUGAAUAAUAAUCUUAAUUAGUUUAUGAAGGACAUGACUUUUCUAUUGACAUUGUAAAAGCAAUAAAUUAAGAAUAUUUCAUAACUGGAAGUCAAGAUGGAAAUAUUGGAUUAUGGUUUAUAAAGAAAAAAAAACCUGUUUAUAUCUUGCAAAAUGCACACGGUGGUUAUUGGAUUACUUCAAUUGGUAAUAUAUAUAAUACUGACUUCUUUUGUUCUGGAUCAUAUAAUUAAUAAAUUAAUGUUUAUAAAUUAUCUCUACAAGAUAAAAAAUUUGAUAAAUUAUAUUCGAUUCCUUGCGAAGGAAUAAUAAAUGAUAUUAAAAUUUCUAUUGAUUGCAAUUAUUUAGCUUAUACAUAAGGUGAUGAACAUAAAUUAGGAAGAUGGAUCGUUAGUAAAAAAACUAAAAAUCUUGUAAAAUAUGUAAAAUUAUUGUGA